UAAACAAAACCCAUGCCUUUCAGGCUUUAAGCAACUCCCAAAAUCUCUCCCCCCUUUGGAUUGUAGUGGAGUGUCUGUACAAAGACUGCUGCUUUUGCAAUUUCUUGCCUGUUUUUCAGCUAAUUUCAGAAGGGAAUAUCUAAAAAGCCUCUGUCUUCCUCUCCAGAAUCUCAGAUGCGCUGCUAAUGAAAUCUUGCUCAGCUGUUUAAAGGGAGCGUAUUCGUGGGAUGGAAAUUCUUUCGUGCCAUUCUGGACUGUGUUGCUAUGAUGUGAACUUUUUUAGCAGAGAAACGAGUGACAGAAGUCUGAGUUCGACUUAUCCAAGGCAUUAUUCGAUUUUACAACAGAAAAGUUUGUGUUGCAUUGUUUUCAAACCUAGCCAUUUGAGAUCGUCCCCCUUGGAUCAUUUUAGAUCGAACAAAUUUUGCACUAUUGGUGGUUUUAAGGGAUUACGAAAUUCUGGUUCCAGUCUCGUCGGUGGAACCUAUAACUCUUAUAUACUUGAUCGGGAAGAGGGUGCCCGCAGCAUAACUGAUACUGGGAAAGUACCGAAAAUUUUGAUACCUGGUUUGCCAGACGAGUCCAAGGGUGAAUACGCAGCUCCAAUUAGCAGUUGCUUCUGGGAAUGGAAGCCUAAACUGAACGUUCAUUAUGAAAAGUCAGGGUCUGAAAAUGUGAAUUCCCCGCCAAUACUUUUUCUCCCUGGCUUUGGUGUUGGCUCCUUCCACUAUGAAAAACAGCUGAAGGAUCUUGGCCGUGAAUUCAGAGCUUGGGCGUUAGACUUUCUAGGGCAGGGUAUGUCAAUGCCAAGCGAAGAUCCAACUUUGCAGUCGGGAGUCAUAGAUAAGUCAAAAUCAGCUGGAGAGGAUCUCGUCUGGGGUUUUGGAGACGAAGCUCAACCUUGGGCAAAAGAACUCGUUUAUUCUAUGGACUUGUGGAGAGACCAAGUUCACUCUUUUAUCGAAGAGGUAAUAAAAGAACCGGUUUACAUUGUGGGAAAUUCACUCGGAGGCUACGUUGCACUCUACAUUGCAGCAAGCAAUCCUCAUUUGGUGAAAGGCGUGACUUUGCUAAACGCAACACCUUUUUGGGGUUUUCUUCCUAAUCCUAUCAAGUCUCCAAGAUUAUCCCGAAUGUUUCCAAUGCCAGGGACAUUUCCUAUUCCAGCACCCGUUAGAAAGAUGACAGAACUUGUAUGGCAGAAAAUUAGCGAUCCUGACAGUAUCACAGAGGUUCUUAAACAGGUUUAUGCGGAUCACUCUACGAACGUCGAUGGAGUCUUUUUUCGUAUACUUGAGACAACGAAGCAUCCUGCUGCAGCAGCAGUGUUUACUUCGAUAAUGUUUGCUCCUCAGAGCCAAUUAUCAUUCGACGAGGCUCUUUCUGGGUGCCGAGCGAACAACAUACCAAUCUGUCUCGUAUAUGGGAAGGAUGAUCCGUGGGUGAAGCCUAUCUGGGGCGCACAGGUGAAAAGGCGACUGCCCGAAGCUCCAUAUUACGAAAUUAGCCCUGCUGGUCACUGCCCCCACGAUGAAGUCCCAGAGGUUGUGAAUUUUCUACUACGCGGGUGGAUCACAAGCUUGGAGUCGAAGGGCUCGGUUGCAUUGCCUCUUCUUGAUAGCCCGGAAAGCGCUGCAUUGGACUUUUUUAAAGAGCUGGAAUUCGUUCGAGAGGGAUUGAGAAAACCAGUAAAUGUACAGUUCUAUGGAUCCAACUUCUCGUUCUGGAAAAGGUUUGGCUCAUACCUUAACCUUCCAUUCCAAGGCAAUGAUCGUCCAAAAAUUUGGAAGCAGGAGGAGAUAUAAUCAUGGUUCUAAGAAAAGUUGUUACUACAAAGGCUUGCAGACUAUUUUUUACAUCUUAAGUUGCUACAUACC